UUACACUUGUGGGUUUAGUUUGGCGCACAUACCGUAAUAAUAAAAUACAGGUACUCCAAGAAUUUUGGAAUAGAAAUAAUACUGUCUAAUGAAAAAACUUUUAAAAAAAUAACCCCUUUCAGCAUAAAACAUUUUUUACUUCGUCCCUCCAAUUCCUUCGAGUUUCUGCAACAAGUCAGUUCAUGAUGUAUGGACCUCCUGGUGUUCAAUAAGGAAUCAGUGAAACCUGCACGGAAAUAGCAUGACGUGAGCAGCUCGGUGUCAUGUGUUUUUCUGCAUGUUAAAUACCAAGGCAAGGGUCGGGCUCCACUCCAAAACGCCCGGCUGGAGCUAAACAUUUCAGUACACUAAGGAAAGUCCUUAUAGGCAGCCACUCAUAAAAUCUGCGGUGCAUAUUGUACUUUUAAAAACAGCAUGGUCUCUAUCAUGUAUUAGGAUGUCAAAGACAAUGGCAAGCAUAGUAGUAUAUACGCCCAUCCAAAUGGAAUAUAGAAAAUGAGAGGAACGACCGCAUGGCAGGGAACAACGCAGUAGCCGCAGUUACCCGCGGUACUUCUGGAGUCGGUGCGAGUCACUCCUGAGAACUGAACUGGAAAGAAAGUGAAGCGAAGUGCGUAAGACAGUAUGGAGAGACACGGCGCGCCAGUAACCUGCUGACAAUACAGAGUACCAUGGACAGCGUUUAAAAACGUAAAGCUGUGUUUUCUCUCACAAACUUUGGCCCUCAAAUCCUCGGACAUCCUACUUCCAAGCCAGACCCCAUGACCAACAGAUCCAUAGCGAAGAUGACAUCAGUGGAGCUGCCCUCUAUCACAGGUGGCUUCAACCAUUCUGCUGGCUCUAUGGGGAAUAACUCACUGGGUAAUUACACCAGCCUUCAGGGAGAGAGUAUCAUCGUGGUGUCAAUGAUCUCUCUGACUGUGUUUGUUGUUGGCUUGCUGGGGAAUAUGCUGGCCAUCUACGUCGUCCUACGCUACGCCAAGAUGAAAACCGUCACCAAUUUGUACAUCCUCAACCUCUCGGUGGCCGACGAGCUCUACGUCCUUGGACUGCCUUUCCUCACCACCCAGAAUGUUCUGUCCUACUGGCCCUUUGGGUCGUUCCUGUGCCGUGUGGUCAUGACAACCGACUCCAUCAACCAGUUUACGGGCAUCUUCUCCCUGACCGUGAUGAGCAUUGACCGCUACCUUGCGGUGGUUCACCCCAUCAGGAGUGCAAAUUGGCGAAGGCCACAGUUAGCUAAGGUUAUCAACGGCUUGGUGUGGCUGCUGUCCAUCUUGGUGGUACUUCCUGUUAUCAUCUACGCUGAUGUCCAGGAAGACUUCGACACCUGUAAUAUAAGCUGGCCAGAGCCUCACAAUUUUUGGUCAACUGCCUUCAUCCUCUACACAGCCGUCCUGGGCUUCCUUGGCCCCCUGCUGGUCAUCAGCUUUUGCUACAUCCUCAUCAUCAUUAAGAUCCGGUCUGUGGGGGCUCGUGCUGGGCUGACCAGCAGACGCAGGUCCGAACGCAAAGUGACGCGAAUGGUAGUGAUCAUGGUGCUGGUGUUUCUGUUCUGCUGGAUGCCCUUUUACGUCACCAACAUGGUCAACCUUGUUAUCAUUCUCCCUGGGAGCAGUUUCACAGCGGGUCUCUACUUCUUCACCGUGAUCCUGACCUACGUCAACAGCUGCGCCAACCCAGUGCUGUACGGCUUCCUCUCUGACAACUUUAAGCAGAGUUUCCUCAAGGUCCUCUGCAUACACAGGGUCCCUGGGGUUCAGUCCAACAACCCAGGGAGACCCCAUCUGCGAAGGGCCAACACCAACAACUCCUUGGUGCUCCUGAACAGCAACGGAUUCAAUGGACACCAGCGGAAUUGCCAGGGCAUCCAGAUGGAGACGUGUUUUAAUGCGAAAUCAGAACCCCAGACACUGUAGAAGCUGAACUGCUGGCUGGACCCCUUACACAGUCACUAAGGGUGAACUUUGACCCUUUGAAGUAACAAAAGGACAAAUCCAAAGGGAUCGAAGAGUGAGGAAAACCAGUCGAAGGCUCUAAUCAAUGAACACAGGGUCUCCUGUUGCUAACCAGUGAGCACAGGGUCUCCUGUCGCUAACCAGUGAGCACAGGGUCUCCUGCUGCUAACCAGUAAGCACAGGGUCUCCUGUCGCUAACCAGUGAACACAGGGCCUCCUGUCGUUAACUAGUGAGCACAGGGUCUCCUGCCGCUAAUCAAUGAGCACAGGGUUUCCUGUAGCUAACCAAGGAGCACAGGGUCUCCUGCCACUAACCAAUGAGCACAGGGUCUCCUGCGGCCCAUGUCAUCGUCAGCUUCUUCUGGAAUUUUCCAUUACUCAUUUUGUGAGAUAUGCCAGGAUAUGUUGUUAUGUUAUUACGAUUUCUUGGUUGGUAAUGGCUCACUGUGCUCUGUGAGGGCUGUCAUGCUUCAAUCUAAGACUGCUGCUGUAAAAGCUUUGGUUUGCUUAUGACGUCUGGUACCAUAUUCCGGUAUCUGAACUGGAGGGACACUUUCCCCAGCUUCUGUUUCCCCGUCAAGCCAAGCAGAAGAUCAUUGAGAAAGGUCUCCCAGGUCACUCCCAAAAUGAGGACAGGGAAUUGCAAAGAGCAUGGACCAUGCUGAAGCCCCAUUCCAAGGAAAAGUGCCAAUUUGAGUCUAUUCCCACAGUCUUGGAGGAGAGGCCCUGUUACUCCCUCCAAUAAACAUGCAUGCUGAUGCAGGGCACGUGCCAACCUCUAGGGGCAGCAGGUAGCCAUUAUUGAGGAGGACCUUUUGGAUGGCUGGACUGGCUUUGCUGCUGGGCACCGUAACCUGCCAGAGCCUCACCCUUCCUGCUUCCUAUUCCCUGAACCUCUUCCUUUGGACAUCUGCACAGGACAGGGUAGAGCUUCCUGCUUUUCCAUGCGGCUUUCACCUCGUAUUAUAAUUGUAUUUUUUGGUAGGAGACUUGUUGAGCAUUUUUUGAUGCCUAAUGUAAUAACGUAGGACCUUAGAAACCCGGGUUUUCAUGCCGCCUGCAUCUUUGGAGCACCUGCCAGCUCUGGGACUGAGCUGCUGCCACAGUGUAUAAUGACUCUCUGUGACCUGCUUCUGUUGCAAUGUUACUACUGUGAACAAAAUAUGUUACUGAAUUUUAUAUUAUAUAAUCAUUAAUAACCGGUAAGCUAUUGUAUGCUUCAGUUUAAAUAAAAUCUCCCCAGGGGCCACCUGUGAGAUAAAA